UUCUGAGGGAAUUCGCGAAUCAAAUUUUUUUUUGGGGCAUUUGUUUUGGCCUGAUAUCGGUAUUAUUCACUUGAACUAGUGUUAAAUUCAAUUUGAUUGAAUUGAUUUCAAGUUCUGAUUCUUUAUCGCCUUAAUUGAAGCCCUCAUUUUGUUUUGGCUUAAUCAGGCCAAGUUGAUCGGAGGGGCCAGAGGAAGAUGAUGAAGCUGCAAACGUAUGCGGGGUUUAGCUUGGUUGCAACUCUAGCCAUUAUUUAUCAUGCGUUUAAUAGUAGAGGGCAGUUCUACCCAGCUAUGGUUUAUCUGUCGACCUCCAAGAUCAGUUUGGCCCUUCUUCUCAACAUGGGUCUGGUUAUUAUGUGCACUUUGUGGCAACUGACGAAGAAGGUGUUCCUUGGCUCUCUCCGAGAAGCGGAGGUUGAGAGAUUGAAUGAGCAGUCAUGGAGGGAAGUCAUGGAAAUUCUAUUUGCAAUCACUAUUUUCCGGCAGGACUUUUCCGUUACAUUCCUUGCUAUGGUCACUGCUCUCCUGUUAAUCAAGGCCUUGCAUUGGUUGGCUCAGAAGAGGGUUGAGUACAUUGAAACAACCCCGUCUGUGCCCACAUUGUCGCACAUACGGAUAAUUUCUUUUAUGGGGUUCCUCCUCCUUAUAGAUAGUCUCUCUUUGUACAGUUCUUUAAAGUUUUUGAUACAAACGCGGCAGGCUUCAGUUUCUCUCUUCUUUGCAUUUGAGUAUAUGAUAUUGGCAACAACAACAGUGUCAACAUUCUUGAAGUAUGUUUUCUAUGUUAGUGACAUGCUCAUGGAUGGACAAUGGGAGAGAAAGGCCGUCUAUACCUUUUACUUGGAACUGAUCCGUGAUUUGCUGCACUUAUCUAUGUACAUGUGCUUCUUUCUUGUGAUUUUCUUGAAUUAUGGUGUGCCUCUGCAUCUGAUUCGUGAGCUUUAUGAGACAUUUCGUAACUUUAAAGUUCGUUGUACUGAUUUCUUACGUUACCGAAAGAUCACCUCAAAUAUGAAUGAUCGUUUUCCAGAUGCAACGCCUGAAGAACUCAAUGCAAGUGAUGCAACUUGUAUUAUUUGCCGUGAGGAGAUGACCACGGCCAAAAAACUUAUUUGUGGGCAUCUUUUCCAUGUGCAUUGCUUGCGGUCAUGGUUAGAGCGCCAGCAUACUUGUCCUACUUGUAGGGCCCUUGUUGUACCCCCUGAAAAUAGCACACAUGUGGCUGGAGGACAUAGAUCACGGUCAGAUGUGCAUCAACAAGGGUCAGGCAUAGCUAGUACCUCUGCUCAGGGCUCAGGUGGUGGUGGUGCAGCAGAUGACAAUUUGAGCCAACAUCAAGCCAGACUCCAAGCUGCUGCUGCAGCUGCCUCAAUAUACGAGAAAUCUUAUGUUUAUCCUUAUGCAAGUACACUAGCAUGGUCAUCUGGAUAUGCUUUACUUCCUCAGGCACAUAGACCAUUGGCUGAUUCUAACAGCAUGGAUUCUAGUGAAGGGCAAGCUGCUUCUGGGCUGCAACAAAACCAACAGUUCGCACUCCCAGGACAUACUAAUUUCCCCUUCUCUCAGUUUCCGCCCUCGACUUUUGUUCCUUUUCAGGCACCUGUCACCAAUUUCACAUCUGGAGUGAGAUUGGGCAGUUAUCCUAAUUUACCGUUGGUGCAGUUGGAAGCUCAGAAAAAGCUUCUUGAAAAUCAAAUUGAGGUUCUGAGAAACCAACUCCAACUUCUACAGAAUCCCAAACACGAGGAGUGUGUGGAUGCAGGUCCCUCAGCAUCAUCAGAUGCUAAGGGAAAGUCUGUUGCUGCUGCAUCUUCAUCCGCUUCAGACUCUGGUCAUCAUGGGGAGGGAGAUUAAUGGACCUUUAAAGAUGCAUUGCGAGGAGAACAUGAGGCUUUUUUCUUUGGGCAGAAGCUUAGCUCUGCUUCUUUAAAAGUUGGUUUUACUUUUCACUUGAGGUAAAGCAAGAUGUAAUUUUGUUGUACUGUGCCAAAUUUAUUUUCUAACAGUAUGGUCAUUGCGAAAAAUACAAACCCUCAUAUUGAUUUUAUGACUGAAUGUAAGAUGAGCAUCCGUAGUGCUGACAAAUACAUGCUUUUUCCUUCAA